GCCCAGUGUCCUCCAAUAAACCACAACCUCACACUUCCCCCGUCGCCAUGAGUGAGCCGGUAGCUGGUAACCCGGUGCAGGCGUCUGACACCACCAACGGAGCCUCUGCUCCCCCACCUGAAACUGGCGCCACGAACGGAUCUCAAACUCCCAGUAGUGCAGGCGCGCCAGCACCCGGCCCUGAACCAAAGAAACUCUCAGCUGCCGAACUGAAGAAGCAGAAACAGGCGGAAAAGCAAGCCAGACGAGCCCAGGCAAAAGCUGCAGGUCCUCCAGAAACUAACCCCCGAGAGAUUUCAGCAAAAGAAAGCCAAAAGCAAGUGAAAGAUUCAAAGCAAGCUUCCAAAGAUGGCAAGUCUAAACCAACCCCCCCUUGGAGAAGACCUUCUCAACCCACUGUUCCGGUAUUCAAGGAUGCAAAGAAAGAGGCCAAGGACUCGACCCAGGGAAAGAAACUACCUGGACUUUUCUUCGGACAUCUCUACACUGAACGUCGGGAGCAUUCCGUGACCGGAGCCACAAAAGGUGUGCAUCCCGCUGUGCUCGCCCUUGGUCUCCAGUACAGCAGCUAUGAAAUCUGUGGAAGCACUGCUCGCCUGGUUGCUAUGCUCCUAGCCUUCAAGCCCGUCAUCGAGACAUACGAGACCCCCGAGGGAACCAGUCUGGCACGACAUUUCAUUUCCCAUCAGCUCAGCCCACAGAUAGACUACCUACGGAGUUGUCGCCCACUCAGUGUCGGCAUGUCCAACGCCAUUCGGUGGUUGAAAGAUGUCAUCAUCAAAAUCGAUCCUGCGACGGCCGAAGAGGACGCGAAGCGGGAUAUUCUCUCGAGUAUCGAUGACUUCAUUCGCGAUCGGGUGACGGUCGCAGACAAACUAAUUGAGGAGUACGGCGAAAAGAAGAUCGAAGACGGCGAUGUUAUCCUGACCUAUGCCGCUUCCUCCAUCGUUGAGAAGACCCUCAUCCGCGCACACAAAGCUGGUAGAUCAUUCUCGGUUAUCGUCGUGGAUUCAAAGCCGCUCUUCGAAGGCAAAAGACUGGCCAGGAAACUCGCAUACCACGGCCUUUCCGUCAAGUACUUCCUUAUCACCGGCGCUUCCCACGCAGUCAAGCAGGCAAGCAAGGUAUUCCUCGGUGCGCACGCUAUGAUGUCCAAUGGCAGGCUCUACUCACGCGUUGGCACCGCUGGCGUUGCCAUGCUUGCGCACGCACAGUCCCUCCCCGUCAUCGUGCUUUGCGAGUCUGUCAAAUUCACCGAGCGCGUUGCGCUGGACUCCAUUGUAGGUAAUGAGCUCGCACCAGCCGAGGAACUUCUCUCAGAAUCCGAAAGAAAAGACAUGCUCCCGCUGAAACCAUAUUUGCCUUCGGGACUAUUGGCCAGACUUGGUGCUCCAGAGGGAGAGGGAGACGGGGAGAAGAGAGCGGAGCCGGGAGACGUGGUGAAAUGGAUUGAAGGGGCGGAAAACCUUCAGAUGUUACAGGUCCUGUACGAUGUCACGCCAGCGGAGUACAUUGACAUUGUCGUGACCGAGCAUGGCAGUUUGCCGCCGACCUCGGUGCCGGUGGUGCAAUUCAUGAGCACAGAUAAGAAAUGAAAGACCCGGGGCUCUUUAUGGUUAUGGUGUACGGCGUUGUGGGCUUGUAAUGGCAUGGUUCAUGACAUGGAACGACGACACACACCAACGAGGAUGGUUUUUAAAAGUCAUGGGCUUGGGAUGAAUUUGGUUCUACUAUUCCCUGAUGCGAGCCAUCAGCCAGCUCCAUUUGGACUGGCGAGGAGCCGAUUUCCUUUUGAGGAUGUACCGGUACUAGUGAUUAUCAAUCUUGAGGACUGUAUGUAUGGCCCCCGUGCCUGGCGGGGAAUGAGAAUGAUCAAGGUAGAGAAAUAUACCUUAGUGAUCUCUAGCCAUCGAGUCCUAGA